UGCCCGGCCGCUCGCUACGAUAGGUCUAGACUGCUGCUCGAUCGGGAUUAAACCGCUAACCACUUGCGCGAGAUAUUUGGGCUCGCGAUACAGGGAAGAAGAAGCUGUUAAAAUGCGCUCGAGCCUGCUCUUCCUGCCUCCUCAGCCAUUCCCUUCCCGGCGAAUGUCCUACCAUUAAUCUACCUUCACAAAUUCAAGCAGCUCUCGUUAUCUUUGUUUAUAGGCAGGCUUAUCGGCGUAUCGUCAUUCUGCGCAUGGGUGCUGCUCUCCCUCGAGUGACGACGUUUAGGGCUCAUCUUUGAUUCUAUUCGAUGCAAUGUGAGAAUAGAUUUCAGCUCCCGGAGUCUUUUAUAUAGUUGUUUUAUUCUCAACAGCUAAUACCCACUGGAGUGGAAUUUCGAUUUUGUAUGUUAUGGUCCACAUUACACUGUAACAUGAGCUCAGAUGAAGAAAACCAUGGCGGCGGUAAUGUAGACUUUCUCAGGACCAGGGUUCUUUAGAUUGGUAUCCAAUCUUUCCUUUUGGAUGUGCGAUGUCUCUCUUAAGCAGGUUGUUUUACAGAAGACCACCUGAUGGCUUGCUGGAAUUUGUUGAGAGGGUUUAUAUUUUUGAUUCAUGCUUCUCAACGGAGGUUUUGUCUGAUGGAAUUUAUCAGAUAUACUUAACCGAGAUUGUAACAGAGCUAUGUGAAGUUUAUCCUGAUUCUUCUUUAUUAGCUUUUAAUUUUAGAGAUGGAGAAAAAAGGAGCAAGUUUGCAGAAAUUCUUUCUGAAUAUGAUGUAACUGUUAUUGAUUAUCCACGACAAUAUGAGGGAUGCCCUCUUCUUCCUUUAUCUCUUGUCCAUCACUUCCUUCGAGUCUGUGAUAGUUGGUUGUCUAAUCAAAAUGUUGUUCUACUACAUUGUGAGAGGGGGGGUUGGCCACUCUUAGCAUUUCUCCUGGCAAGCUUUCUUAUUUUCAGAAAAUUGCAUCAUGGAGAGCAACACACUCUUCAAGUUGUCCAUCGUGAAGCCCCUAAAGGUCUUCUACAACUUCUGUCUCCUCUAAAUCCCUUACCUUCUCAACUUCGUUAUUUGCAAUAUAUAUCUCGGAGGAAUAUAUCUUCUGAGUGGCCUCCUGCUGAGCGGAUACUUUCUUUGGAUUGCCUCAUUCUACGAUCUAUUCCUAACUUCGAUUCAGACAAGGGGUGCAGACCCUUGGUUCGUAUUUUUGGCCGACAUCCACAUGGCCAAAAUUAUAUUGAAAAGAACAUGUUGUUUUCAAUGUCCAGGAAGAAGAAAUCAUUGCGGUACUACCGUCAGGAAGAUUGUGGAGUUAUUAAGAUUGACAUCCAAUGCCUGGUCCGGGGUGAUGUUGUCUUCGAAUGUGUUCAUUUGAACCUAGAUCCGGAAAGAGAGGUUAUGAUGUUUCGUGUCAUGUUUAAUACCGCUUUCAUUAGGUCAAACAUUUUGAUCUUGAACUCUGAAGAUGUUGAUAUUCUAUGGGAUGCAAAGGGAAGAUAUUCUAAACGUUUUCGAGCAGAGAUUUUGUUUGGUGAAGUGGACAAUGUCUCUUCUCCAAUGACCCCGACACCAACUUUGAAUGGCGAGACAAUAGGUGGAUUACCCAUUGAAGCAUUUUCCAUGGUUCAAGACCUUUUUGAUGGCGUGGAGUGGGCAGAUAGCAAUGGAGAUGCUGCAUUUUGGUUGCUCAAACAAAUAUCGACGAAUGCUUUGCAUGAAAGAAUCGAAAAUCAAAUGCUGACUGACACGAGAGACUUUUAUGAACUGCACAACAAGGCAAGUGACCAAAUGUCCUUUGCGUCGCCUUCAGAUUCUGAGGAAGAGAAGGGCUCUAUAACUUCAGAUUCCGUAGCUUCAGGGGACCAAGAAAAGAUUCAGACUGGAGCAAUGAUUAGCACUCAGUUUGAGAAUCUAAUUGAUGAAUCUGCAUGCCAACAUACUGACCUGACUGGUUCCUUGCAAGCAACUUAUCCUAAUUCCGUACAUGUAGCCACACCAGCAUCACCAAUAUUGUUACCUACGCCAUUGUUGUCAGUAGCGCUGCCGCCUCCACCUCCACCUCCACUUGACAAACAUUUAGGACUUUCAAUUUUGGUCAAUUCUGAAGAAGCUCCACCUCCACCUCCACCUCUGUCUCCAUUGCCACCUCCAAUCUAUAGUAGGGAUCAUCCAUUGCCCCCAUCUCCUCCUUCAAUGUCAAGUAGAGGUCCACCUCCACUCCCACCUCCUCCUCCAAUGUUCAAUUUGGGCGCACCUCCACCUCCACCUCCACCUCCACCUCUACCACCACCUCGUCCAAUGUUUGAUAGAGGCCCACAGCCACCCCCACCUUCUACUCUGUCUAGAAAUGCUCCACCUCCACCACCUCCGCCAUAUUUGCCACGACCAACUUCAAUGUUGGCUAGAGGCCCACCGCCGUCCCCACCACCUCCCCCUUCUUCAGGUGGCAAUGGUCCUUCCCCACCACCACCACCACGACUUCCCCCUCCUCCAGGUUUUGUUUGUGCCAGUUCUAAGGCUACACAUCCGACACCACCACCACCACCUCUACCUCCAUUAUCUGGAUGCAAUGCCCCGGUGCCUCCACCACCUCCAUUGUUACGUAAACAACCGCCAGCCUUACUUGGUGGAAAUCAGAAAGUUCCUGGUCCACCUCAGGUUUCUGAUGUAAAACUUUCGAGCAUACCACUGCUCUCACCUGCUGGAAGAGGAAAAGCAACUGAGCCUGGUUCAACAAGUGGCCUUGCACCAACUACCAAUUCACAGAAGAAAGGAUCAUUAAAACCAUUGCAUUGGGUGAAAGUCACGCGAGCCAUGCAAGGAAGCUUAUGGGCUGAUCCUCAUAAGCCUGAAGACGUAUCAAAGGCUCCUGAAAUAGAUAUUUCAGAAUUGGAGAGUCUCUUCUCAAAUGUUAUUGAUGAUGGUCGUGGUAUGGAUAAGGGCAUAGCUCGACGUGGAACAAACACCAACAAACCAGAGAUCAUUCAUUUGGUUGACAUGCGCAGAGCAAAUAAUUGUGAAAUCAUGCUGACAAAAAUUAAGAUGCCACUCCCUAAGAUGAUAAAUACAGUUUUAACCUUGGAUACUACAACACUGGAUUUUGAUCAAGUUGAAAAUCUCAUCAAGUUUUGCCCAACGAAGGAAGAAAUGGAAAUGCUUAAGAACUACUCGGGAAACAAAAAAAUGCUUGGAAAGUGUGAGCAGUUCUUUCUCGAGCUCAUGAAGGUUCCUCGUGUAGAAUCCAAGUUGAGGGUUUUUUCCUUUAGAAUUGCCUUUUCGACGCAGGUGAAUGAGCUGCGUUCCAAUCUGAAUACAAUUAAUGAUGCCUCCAGAGAGGUAAAAGGUUCUGCCAAGUUACGACAAAUUAUGCAGACCAUUCUUACCUUAGGAAAUGCUUUGAAUGAAGGCACAGCACGAGGUGCAUAUUUUGGCUCUCUUGGCAUAUUUCCUAAACAUGAGAAGUUUGAAAAGGAAUUUCCUUUUAUUUUUUAUUCUCUAGGGUCUGCUGUGGGUUUUAGGCUGGAUAGCCUUCUGAAAUUGUCCGAUACACGAGCAAGGAAUAACAAACUGACAUUAAUGCAUUAUUUAUGCAAGCUUCUUGCUGAAAAAAUGCCUGAGUUGCUGGACUUUUAUAAAGAUUUAAUUCAUUUGGAAGCAGCAUCUAAGAUUCAAUUAAAGAUGGUAGCUGAAGAAAUGCAAGCUGUGAGCAAAGGUCUUGAAAAGGUUGAGUUUGAGCUCUCCGCAUCAGAAAAUGAUGGGGAAAUCUCCGUAGGCUUCCGAAAGGCUUUAAAGAGUUUUCUUGAUACCGCAGAAGCUGAGGUUAGGUCACUAAUAUCAUUGUAUAGUGAAGUGGGUAGAAGUGCAGAUUCAUUGGCACAAUAUUUCGGAGAAGAUCCUGCACGUUGUCCUUUUGAGCAAGUUACUUCAAUUUUGGUAAUUUUUGUCAAUACGUUCAAUAAAUCUCAUGAAGAGAAUAUUCGUACCGCUGAUGCCGAGAAGAAAAAGCUAGAGAUGGCUGCCAUGAAAGAAAAAGGAAGUAGUUCUGGUAGAUGAGAUUUUGACGAGGCUGUUUUUUCAAAGCUGCAAUCCCUAAUAUGCUAACCUUGAGUGGAGAUAGAUAGUACGGCAUGAACUGUGUGUUUGUCUGUCUAACAGUCAGUUGGAUGCGCCAAAAAUUUCUUUAUUCGGUCUUCUCUGAGAUUCAUGGAACAUGGAAUGUGUAUUUGAAUCAACCGCACAGCAGCUAUCUUUCUCCACUGGCUUUUGAUGAUAUGAUCUAUACAGAAAAUUUGCUGCAUUUGGAUACUGGUCGUAUUAGCAUUGUAAUAUAAGAAAGUUGAGAGCAUUUUAUUGUUUAUUGCCAGGUGCAUUAGAUUGUCUUAGGUCAUUUACACAUUGUCUUCGACAAGGAUUUACAUUUCUUGUUUACAAUUACAUGCAA